AUGAGCGACGGUCGCCUUACUUUUCCCCAAGAAAAUGGUCCAGUUUGCCUCCACAGCACCAAAGUAACGGUGGUUGGCUGUGGUUCCGUCGGUUCAGCAGUAGCUUUUGCAAUUGCUACUCAAGGUGUUGCAAAUACUGUUGUUAUUUAUGAUAUUGCCAAGGACAAGUGCGAGGGUGAAGUUAUGGACAUGCAGCAAGGAUGUCAAUUCAUUGACUCAUGUAGCGUUAUUGGUGGCGCAGAUGUCUCCACAACUAAAGAUUCCGACAUUGUCGUUAUCACUGCCGGUGCUAGGCAAGAAGUUGGCGAAUCUAGACUUAAUCUCGUCCAAAGAAACGUUGAUAUUUUUAAAAAGCUUGUUCCUCAGCUUGUUAAAGAGAGCCCCAGAGCAUUUAUAAUCGUUGUUGCUAAUCCAGUUGAUAUAAUGACCUAUGUCACCUGGAAACUUAGUGGAUUUCCUAAAAACCGUGUUAUGGGUUCGGGAACCAUGCUUGAUACCGCUAGAUUCAAACAAAUAUUGGGGAAGAAACUGCAUAUGAGUCCCAACGCUAUCCAUGGUUUCGUUAUUGGCGAACACGGGGACUCUAGCGUACCUGUUUGGAGUUCUUUGACAAUUGGAUGCGCCCGUUUUACAGAUGUGUAUCCAAAGUGUUUCAAACCUGAUGAUCCCGAUAAUUUCGCUCAAGUACAUCACGAUGUUGUGCAAAGUGCCUAUGAGAUCAUCAAGUUAAAAGGUAACACAUCCUGGGCCAUUGGCCUCUGCUGUUCCGCUCUCUGCGGCUCGAUUCUCAAAAACAAGGGCGAAGUGAUUCCUGUCACCACUUGCAUCAAGGGUCAUUUUGGUAUCACUGAUGAUGUCUUUACAAGCGUUCCUUGCGUCAUCAAUGGCAACGGUAUUAGCUCUGUGAUUAAGAUCGAUCUCACUCAGGAGGAAAAAUGCCAUUUCAUGAAAAGUGUUGAAACUCUUGACGGCAUUAUUAAGGGCAUUAAAUGGUAA